AUGCGCACCUUUAUUUCCAUACGUACCUUCGUUCCUGUUGACUAUGAAGCGCACACGGUAAGAAAGCGGAACGUCAUCGCCCAUUUCCCGAAGGCGGAACACCAGACGAGCCCAACUCUGGACCUGGAAAAGAUUUUCCCGGGAAACGACAAGUUGCAGGAGAAGAUGAAGGACUUUUUGAGCAGACUGACCCCCGAAUCCAGCGAGCUCCUUACUUCCAGUCUGGACGGUGCAAGCGUAGACGAGCAGGUAAGCGAGACGCCUGCGGAUACUCCCCCUCGUAACGCUGGGUUUCAGGCCAAGGUACUCAACAACCUCAGAAAGCUAAACAGGUACUACUUGACGCAGCCGAACAUGGAAAUUCCCCUGCAAGCGAGCACCUUGAAGAGCCUCAAGAAGAUGUAUCAGAAGGACGCGGGCGUCGAAAGCACCUCGCCGGAGAGCGUUGAGGAUGAGAAUGAAGCCAAGGAGUUCCUGAGCAGACUGACGGAACCUUCCAAGGAGUUGAUCCGCGACCACUUGGCCACUUUAAGCCCUGAGCUACAAGUCAAGUUCUUGGACCACCUGGUGAACCUCUCCAAGGAAACUUUGAAGAAACCCGGCGAGGAAAUUCACGUGCAACCGUCGACUUUGGACGAGCUAAGGAAGAACCUGCUGAAGAAACCGGACGGGGACGAGCUGACGAAUCUCACCAGUACAAUUCCAGACCAGGAGCACCAGGAAAUGGCCAAGGCGUUUCUGGACAGUCUGACGAAGAAAUCGCAGGAUUUGGUACGAGACCAACUCGCCAAGGUUGAUCCCGAGGAUUUGGGCGAACUGAUUGAGGCACUUUCCAAGCUGGUCGAGCCGUCUGAAGGAAAACCGAGCGGAAAGCGCGUGCUCACUCCCAAAGCGCUCAAAAAGGCUAUAAAACAGUACGAGGAGGAAAAGAAGAAGCCCAACCUGGACGUGGACAAGAUGUUCGCCGAUGACCCCGAACGAAAGCAACGGGCGGGCAUCUUCCUGCAAGCAUUGACCAAAGACUCACUGGAUGCGGUCCGCCGGCACUUCCGCGGCCUGGAUUUGGAUCAGCAGGCCCGAAUUCUGACGUACCUCACUGACCUGAGCAACAAACUGAAGGGAAAACCCGGCGUGGACCUCGUCGUCACCCCCGAUACGCUGAAAGAGGUUGUCAAAAUGGACGACGAGAAACCGCUCGGCCCCAAGUCGCGUAAGUUACCCGCAAGCGUUAUGGAGAACAUUAGCCCAUCGAAUCAGGAGAAGGUUAGGGACUUCUGGUCCACCCUUUGCCAAGAAUCCAAGGACCUCGCCAUCGAUUACCUAGGAAAGCUGCCGAGGAAACAGCAGGAGCAGUUCCUUCUCAACGCAAUCGAGCUAAAUGGGAAGGGAACGGAAGCGGAGGUCUGUCCAGAUUCCUUUGAGAAGGCUGUGCCUGGUGAAGCGGCUCCUCGUGCCGUUACCAAGGCUGCCAAGGCAAAGCCAAAGGAGGUAACCACAGAUAACUGGGCCAUUACGUUCCCCACUCCGAAGACGACGACCAAAAAUCAAGUGAAGGUCACGUCUACUGAAACCCCAACUGAAACCGAGGAGACUGAGGUGAGCGAGAACUGUACGACGACGACCGAGGUAACCACCACCACCACGACCGAGCCGCCAAGCACGACUCAAGCCCAAACAACGGAAACGGCCACGACUGAACAAGAAACUGAAACCACGACGGUCGAAGUAACCACCUCAACAACGGAAGCUACAACGACAGAAAAGCCGGCAGUUACCGAGGCGUCCACCACCACUACGAAGACGACGACUGAAGUUGAGGAGAUGGUGAACGAUCAGCCUCACUCAGAAGAGUCCGAGGUGGCAGAGGUGGAAUGUCCAUACGAGAUCAUCGGUCUCUUCCUGGAACACCCCGAGCAUGUGGCACCCGUCAACAAGUUCUGGACGAGACUUACAUCUAAGGCACAGAUGCAACUCCUGGACUGUAUAAGUGGACUAAACCUUUCAGAUAAGCGGCUCGCCCUCCUCCACCUUGUCAACCUGUGUAAGCAGCCCGAUGAACACGCGGCCAUGAUCGACCUGGAUUAUGAGACAAUUAGACACAUCAUAAGCCUCGCAAUACCCGAACCGGCGCACACGGGAAAUUUUCAGAUUGCAGAACAGGGUUCAGUUCCGGUCAAUAUUCAUAGUGUUUUCCAGGACGAGCAGGGUGCGGUGGACGAGCUCUGGAAGAAAUUGACGCCGGAAUCACAGAAUUGUCUCCUUACCAAGCUGGAGAAUUUAUCCCCUGAAGGCAAGGUACAAGUUCUUCGCCAUUUGCUCAGCAUCACUAAAAACACGCAGGUGCAACCAGGAAUGCACAUCGAUUUAGAUUCGGUCAUGCUUGAACAGAUAGUAAAAGAGGCAGUGGAGGCAGAGAAACUAGCGGAGGUGCCGUCGGAAAUUAAGAACCUCUUUAAACAACCGGAGGACCAGGACCUCAUCGAGAAGCUAUGGCAGAGGCUCACGCCUACGUCACAGGGUCUACUCCUCAAAGACAUGGAGGGUCUUAGUCUGCAAGGAAAGGCCCAAGUUCUACAACGCCUGGUCAACAUGACCAAACGCAUAGAGAACGAGCGAGGGAUGCACAUUGUUUUAGAUCCGAACACCAUCGGAGAGCUGGUAGAACCAGAAGGAGCGGAAGGUUCUCCGUGUUCUCAGCACCAGGAGGUCCCAUACGAGGUUAAGUGCCUUUUCGAUGACUUACCCAACGAGCUUGACUUCGUGACCAACUUCUGGCGGAGGCUGACGGCUAUGGCGCAGAAUCUUCUCAGCGACUGCCUCGGAAACGUUUCUUCCUUGCAAAAGCGUCUUGCCCUUCUUCACCUGGCCCGCUUGAACGACGCAAUCGAGGAGGGACCGUGUCGCAAGAUUGGUUUGGACGCUGACGUCGUGAAAGGGGUCGUGGGGGAGACCGCCAAGGCGUGUUGCGAGGUCGGUGAGUUGCCUAAGAUUAAGGUGGUGAUUGCGAAACCUGCGGGCUGUUGUGAAGAAGUGCCGAAGCAAACGGUAACGGAAACAACUACAGAACUGGCAGCUACGGUUCCGUGCGAAGAAGCGACGGAACCACCGAAGGUUACCACGACGGAAACUUUAGAAGAAACCACUGAGCAAGUUGUAGAAAAAACGACAACGGAGGAACCAAUGCAGGGUGACCAACCGUACGACGACGAAGUUGAGGAAUCUACGGAAAUAACUGAAGGGACAACAGAGGAAACAACUGAGCACACAACUCAACAAUUAUUCGACGAAUGGGAAGAAAUGCAAGGUGACCAACCGUACACUGAAGAAUCUGAAGAACACACCGAAGGGGCUCCUGAACCAUCUACUGAGGCUGAAGAAACAACCGAGCAAACUACUGAGGCAACAACAGAACUCGAAACUACUGAAGUAACCGAGACAACAACAGAAGAAACGACUGAGACGUCAACGGAAAUUGACACUACUGAGGUAACCGAGUGGACGACGGAGCCAACAACUGAAGAAACUACUGAGCUUGAAACUGAGGAAACCACUGAGCUACUAACCACUGAGGUAACCGAAUGGACGACCGAGCCAACAACGGAGGAGACUACUGAGGCAACAUCGGAGCUUGAAACUACGGAGGCAAGUGAGACAACCACUGAAGCUGAAACUACCGAAUGGACGACCGAGCCAACAACGGAAGAGACUACUGAGGCAACAACUGAGCUUGAAACUACGGAGGCAACCACUGAAGCUGAAACUACCGAAUUGACGACCGAGUCAACAACGGAAGAGACUACUGAGGCAUCAACGGAGCUUAAAACUACGGAGGCAACUGAGGCAACCACUGAAGCUGAAACUACCGAAUGGACGACAGAGCCAACAACCGAGGAGACUACUGAGGCAACAACGGAGCUUGAUACUACGGAGGCAAGUGAGGCAACAACUGAAGCUGAAACUACCGAAUGGACGACCGAGCCAACAACGGAAGAGACUACUGAGGCAACAACGGAGCUUGAAACUACGGAGGCAACCACUGAAGCUGAUACUACCGAAUGGACGACCGAGCCAACAACGGAAGAGACUACUGAAGCAACAACUGAGCUUAAAACUACGGAAGUAACAGAGACAACGGAGGAAAUAACCGAAGAGACUACUGAGGUAGCAACAGAGCCUGAGACAACGGAAACUACCGAAAUAACGGAACAAACAACGGAAGAGGCUACCACUGAAACUACUAUGGAAACAACUGAGGCAACAACCGAGCCAACGACGGAACUUGAAACCACGGAACCAACCGAGGAGACGACAGAACAAACAACUGAACUUGAAACCACGGAGGCAACAACGACGACCGAAGAGCCCCAUCAUGAGGACGGCGAGGUGGACUUGGACUACCUGCUACCCAACAACAAGGAACUUCAGAAAAAAUUCCGGCUGUUCAUGGACGAAUCCGAUGAGGGUACACAGGCAACGCUCGGCUACAUCUUCGGUAGUCUAAAGACGAUACCCAGAAAGGCAAUGGACGAGCUUAUGGAGAUCCUCAGCACUGACCACAGCAAUGAGGAAAAACUUAACGAGGUGCUUCAAUGGAUUAAUCGGCUGCCGAAAGAUGUCACUGAGAGCUUAAGCAUUUUCAUCCCUACAGACGAGGACUCUCAAGCGUCCCAAGGGCUGGAUCUGGAUGAACUGCUUCCCGGCAAUCCAGAUCUAAAGCACAAAGUCGAAGAUUUGAUCGGAUCCCUGGCUCCUCAAGACCAAAUGCACCUGCAGCAAAUGCUGAGCGACUUAGAACCACUUCCAUCAGAGAACCAACACCAACUGAACCACUUUUUGGAUUACCUCCAAGGCGAUUCAUCAACCAUGCUGAACGAGAUGGUGAACUGGAUGAACUCACUUCCGGAUUACAUUACUGGAAAUCGUCAGUUUACCACUCCGCGAGCGUGGGAAAGCGAGGAGGAGGUGACGGUACUCACGAUCCACCUGGAGAACAUCCCCCAGGAAGAUCUGCGAAACGCUUGGAUCGACUACCCGAGGCUCAUCCCCUACAAUGAACCGCUACAGGACGAACUCCGCCACUUCAUCGACGGCUUGGAUCCCACCACCGAGGAGUCGGUCAGGUAUAUUUUGAGUAGGUCGGGCACUUUGUCGCCGGACGAAGAGUAUCAGCUCGCCGACUUUCUGGAGAGGUCUAGGGGUAGACCGCCGCAGGUAGGUACUGGUCAACCACCUAGGUGGCCAUCGGCAAUUGCAGGUAAUUGUACAUUUACUUAUUAAGGACAACAUCGAAGGGCUCGUACGAUUCCUCUUCAGCCUCCCUGCCGCGAAAAACCUAGGUCUAGCCGUACCCGGGAGCCCUACGGAGGCUCAAAGACCGGACGAUAACACCCAUGAGUCCCAAGAAAUCGACUUGGAUUACAUAGCUCCAGAUAACGGGGAACUACAGGAACAAAUACACGACUUCGUCAACCAGUUGGAUCGCGCCUCAAAGAAAGAGGCGUUCAAAAUCCUUCAGAAUUCGCCGCCCUUAUCUCCACAAGCUCAG